CGCAGAGACGCCACAAUUUAGUCAGUUCUGCCACGAAUCGAUUGGAGUGAGUCAAUUGUGAUUUUGACGCGCGUUGUACGUAACAAGUUUGAAACGGUGCUGUUAAUUAAUGUAUACCUAUAGUGAAAACAUGGCGAGUGAAGCGCAAAGACUGAUUGGGAUAUCUUUAACGAAAAUAGCCCAAUCGAGAUCGCAUCGCGGUGGCGUGAGUUUACAUAAAAAUCUGUUGGUGGCUACAGUGCUUCAAAAAGCGCGCUAUAUCUUCAUGGAAGAAGCCUACAAUAUGGUCACCUAUCACUCCCCCGCCCCUGUGCAACCCCGUCCGGUCCCGACGGAGGAUUUAAUUGGAUUAACCGCCGAAGAAGCUGGUGUUGAUCCUGUCGGCCCUGCAGAAACCCCUAGUGAACCAAGUUCGGAUUUUAUACAACAACCUUGUGCGAAGUGCGCCGAAAACCAAGAUAAGGAGAACCAUCCGCCUUACCAGACGUCCGAACUAACGUAUUUAGAUCUGGACAAAAGUUCGGCCGUGUUGAAAGAACGUAGCAAUUCGACUUGUUUGAAACGUAGGCGUGCUGUGACCGAAUGGGAAACUGAAGAAGCAGUGCAGUCCAUCCUGCCCAAGCGGAGUAGACAAGAAGAUGACGACGAUGUGUUUGUGGACGAGGCAACGGUUCUUUCGAAUUCUGUUAGUAGAGAGUUGCAGGCGGAGAGGAGUUCGAGCCAGGGUGAUUGCCCGAAUGGUCAGUCGGCUAUGGAAAUUGACAGAAUUACAUCUUUGGUAUCGAUAUUCAGUUUUAGUAUGCAGCAGCAACAAGAUAGCAAUGGAAAACUCAACAGGUCAAUGAGCACGCCAGAUCUAUGCUCAACGCAGGCGAAAGACGUGGGCGAUGCAAUCCAGCAACGACCAUUUUUGGCCAUGACGGUGUAAUCGAAAGAAUCGAUUAACUAGGUAAUUUUCAUCACUGCCACUUCUCGAAGGAUGAUGGUAAGAGGAAUCAGAGACGGUGAAGGGUCGCAGACUGCUGUUGCCAUUGGAAGAAGAACCCGAGAGAUCUCUACGUACAACGAACAAGCAAUCCAAGAUUUUACAUGCCCAUUUUACAUGUUUUUCAAAUUUCGGUACGUUUAUUAUGUUGUGAUACCUAAAUGAAUUUUUGAAAUUAGUCGAAUGUCAGGUACAAGUUUCACGUUGUGAUAGAAAUUGAUAGGAAAAUUCAAUCACUUCUAUUUUUAUAAAUCAAAAUCACAUCAAAAGGAUUGAGGAGUUGAAAAACCUCGAUUUUUUCCAUGAACGUUGGGCAAUUUUCAUGAGAUAAAAAACAUUCCAAGAUUUUGGAAACGUACCUACUAUAUUGAAAAAUUUCCAUGGAAUUCGUGGUUUUAAGAAGACUACUGUAUAAAAAUGUAUAUAUCUGUUUUAUGGCUCUGUUUUAAGAGUUAAUUUUAUUCUUGUAUAUAAAAAACUUAAAUAUGCUAAAUAUAAUUUGAAAAUAAAUUUUUAAAUCUC